CCGAGCAUUGAGUCAAUGCAGGAACAGUCCGGGCGGGAGUUGGUCCAUCGCAGCGAGACAGACAGGAUGGCUCGGGGGACAAGCGCCGGUUUUGAUCGUCAUAUUACUAUAUUUUCCCCGGAAGGAAGGCUUUAUCAAGUCGAGUAUGCUUUUAAGGCCAUCAACCAGGAGGGACUGACGUCCGUUGCCUGUAAAGGAGAGGACACUGCCGUGUGUGUCACCCAGAAGAAAGUUCCAGACAAGCUUCUGGACCCCAUCACAGUAACCCACAUGUACAAAAUCACGCCCACCAUUGGCUGUGUCAUGACCGGCAUGCAGGGUGACAGCAGGUACCAGGUGAUGGUGGCUCAGAAUGAGGCCAACAACUUCAAGUACCGCUACAGGUACGACAUGCCCAUCAAUGACCUGUGUCGCCGCAUGGCUGACAUCAACCAGGUGUACACACAGAAUGCCGAGAUGCGACCCCUCGGCUGUGGUAUGAUCCUGAUUGGGUAUGACGAUGAGCUUGGCCCAUGUGUGUACAAGACAGACCCGGCCGGGUACUACUGUGGUCACCGAGCCUGUUCAGCUGGCGUCAAGCAGACUGAGGCAAAUAGUUUUCUGGAGAAAAAGUACCGGAAGAAGACUAACUACAACCACGAUGAGACCAUCCAGCUGGCCAUCACCUGCCUCAUGACUGUCCUCUCGGCAGACUUCAAGCCCACUGAGGUGGAGGUUGCUGUCGUGUCCAAGGAUGAGCCGGCCUUCAGAACUCUGACUGAACAAGAGAUUGAUUACCACCUGAGUGCCAUUGCUGAGAGGGACUAGGAGUACCCUUGGUGGGCACAUUGACACCACCACCAUUUGUCAGGAUAGAAGCUUUUGUUAUGUCACACUUAGUUUUUUUACAACCUGCAUUGAACCUGAUUUUGUGAAGGUGUUUCAAUCUUAUUAGCCAGUAUUCAAUGCCUAAUUUUUUACACCACUGGAUGCUGGAUGCUGAGUACACACGUGGGGAGCAUCACACUAUAAUUAUGUACUUGAGUCUCAGCUAAUAAUAAAAGUUUUUGGCAACUUU